AUGGCCGGCUCAACUGGCAACCGAUGGACACUCCAGUACCCUGACACGCUACGCGAAUCGGCUGUUGGGGCCAACGUCUGGCGCGAAGCCCCCCCGCUUACGACAGUAGGAUUAAGGAUACAGUCGCAAAAACAACAUAUGCCUCAUAUGCAACAACAGCAACAGCAGCAGCAACAACAACAAGCACAUGUACGCGCAUCUGCUCAGACCCAAGCGCAACGAAUUCGCGCUCGCAACCAUUACGAUAUUCUUGUUGGUGAGGGAUUCCGCGGCACCAAGCGUGACAAGCCCACGGACCGGAGUCUGCCGCCAUUUAUAAAGCGACAAGUGAAAGAAAGUGCAAUCUAUAAUGAUCUUCAGCGUAUGGAGCGUAAUCUGGACUGGAUCAUGGCAUGCAAGCGCGCUGAAUUGAUGGACUCCAUGGGUAAGCCACCGAAGGUGAAACGGACCCUGCGAAUCUUUUUGAGUAAUACAUGUGCGAACCAACCAUUUCAAGUCGCAGAAAAAGAACAACGCCGAGAUGCAACGGAAAUGACCGCAGAUGCUGAUGACGGUGACGGAGGUGACGAUGAUGACAGUGGAGCCGCUGCACCCAGACCUAAAAGCGCAGCGAAGACGGAUCAUACAGACGUGCCUUCAUGGACUCUCCGAAUCGAAGGGCGCUUGUUAGAUCCAAGCUUUCGUUCGCGUGCCGGAGCUGCAUUGUCAGCGCACGCAACAGCAGCGAGGAUUGGGGCUCACAAGUUCAGUAAUCUUAUAAAGUCCUGCGUUGUCGAGUUCUCUCGUGAUCCGAACCUCUAUCCAGAUGAGUCUCUUGGUGCGAGCAAUAUUGUAGAAUGGCACCGUCCGUCGCCCAGUGUUGCACCCCAGCCAUCGAUUGGGGGAACAGGUGCAAAUACAGCGACGGAGAAUCCACUUAUUCACAGUGCAGAGCCGGCCUUGGAUGGCUUUGAAAUCAAGCGCACAGGAACAGAGCCGGUGAAGGCAAAAAUCGUAUUGUAUCCAUUAUAUGUGCCGGAGCGAUUCUCAUUGUCACCACCGCUGGCACAGCUAUUGGACAUUCAGGAAGAAACGCGAGCCGGUGUUCUAGGUGCACUGUGGGGCUACAUUAAGCAGCAUCAACUUCUGGACGAGAAUGACCACCGUGUUGUACGAUUGGAUGCACCAUUACAAGCAUUGUUCCGCACACCGACCAUCAAUUUUCACCACGUACCUGAGGUGUUGCAUCGUUUUUUGCACCCGCCGCAGCCGAUCGUUCUAGAGUACUACGUGCGCACAGAUAAAGCCGAACACCGUAACCCUAUGGCUUUUGAUAUUGAAUUGGAUAUGGAUGACUGGGCAUUACGUAUGCGGCAGCACAAUGUUUUAACGCGGUUUGAUGCCAACAGCUCGCUUAGCAACGAGAUUGCGGCGCUGGAUGAUCAAAUUGCACAGACGGCUCUUACAAUUCGAAAUCGCGCCGCCGCACGACAGUUUUUCACGGCAUUUGCCCAGGAUCCACAAGGUCACUUGAAUGCAUGGAUCGCAAGUCAAGCUCGUGAUCUUGAUGCACUUUUGGGCGCGUCUCAAACAGGCCGUGGUGCGGAUGGCGAGACCGGGUCAUCUGUGCAUUUUAGUUCCGAGGAAAUGCGGCGCGCCGAAACUUUCCAUGGGGCAUGGGUCAAUGAAGCGGUAAUUGUGUCUGAGUCGCAACGGCUGGCCGAACGACUCCAAGAACUUCAGUCGGACACUGUUCGUACACAAACGUAA